GAACCACCGAAGAAGAAACCCGGACGUGGGGCAGCAGUCAGACGCUGGCCGACAGAACAACAACAACAACAUCCUCCUCCUACUCAGACUCGGAGGAAGACUCCGCGGGCAGUAUGGCCUUCAUCACGGCCAACUGGAACCCCCUCGGGGAGGCCUUCUACAGGAAGGUGGAGCUGUACGAGAUGUCCUGGGUUCUGCGGGACGGACUGAGAGACUCUCUGGUCGCUGCUGCUCCAUACGGAGGACCCAUAGCGGUGAUGAAGGAGUCCCACUGUCUCUCGCCCAGUGUUCGUCCUCAGCUGGAUAUCUACACAGCAUCAGGUGUUACCAUGGCAACCUUCCCGUGGAAAAGCGGCCCGGUGGUGCAGCUGGGCUGGUCGGUCAGCGAGGAGCUGCUCUGCGUGCAGCAGGACGGGACGGUGCUGAUCUACGACCUGACGGGGGCCUUCCUGAGGCACUUCAGCAUGGGACAGGAGGUGGUCCAGUCUCACGUCUCGGAGGCUAAAAUCUUCCACUCACCGUACGGGACGGGCGUUGCCAUAGUGACCGGCUCCUCCCGCUUCACCUUGGCAACCAACAUCGAUGACCUCAAGCUGAGGAGACUGCCUGAGGUCCCAGGUCUGCAGGGUGCUCCGUCCUGCUGGGCGGUCCUGAAUCAGGACAGACAGACCAAAGUCCUGCUGGCCAAUGGCCCGGAGCUCUACCUGCUGGACAACACCUGCUGCACCUCUGUGGUCCUGCCAGGUGGGUCCCCUCUGGACGGUGUGUUCGUCCACAUCGCCGUCUCCUUCAGCUAUAAGUACCUCGCCCUGUUCACCGACACGGGACACCUGUGGACGGGACUCGCCAACCUGCAGGAUAAACUGAGUGAGGUGGACACCAAAAUCAGAAGCCCUCCUAAACAGAUGGUCUGGUGCCGCCGGCCCCAGACCCAGCAGCCCUCGGUGGUGGUGCUGUGGGAGCGCCUCCUCCUGGUGGUCGCCGUCGGCGGCGACACUGUGCAGUACCCUCUGGACGAGGCGUGUGUGUGCGUGGGGGAGCUGGACGGCGUGCGGCUGCUGUCCCCCAGCAGACAUGAGCUGCUGCAGGAGGUGCCGCUGGUCUGUGAGGACAUCUUCAAGAUCGCCUCCAUGGGCCCCGGGGCCCUACUGCUGGAGGCCCACAAGGAGUACCAGAAGUCCAGUCAGAAGGCGGAUGAGUACCUGAGGGAGAUCAAGGAGCAAGGCAUGCUGGGAGACGCAGUCCGGCAGUGUGUGGAGGCGGCCGGACACGAGCAGCACACACACACACAGAAGGCCCUGCUGCGGGCCGCCUCCUUUGGGAAGUGCUUCCUGACCAACCUGAGUCCUGAAGCCUUCGUCUCCGUGUGUCGAGACCUGAGGGUCCUGAACGCCGUGAGAGACCCCAGCAUCGGGAUCCCCCUCACACACACGCAAUAUAAACAGAUGACGGUGCAGGUGUUGAUUGACAGGCUGGUGUACCGUAGGCUCUACCCUCUGGCUAUAGAGGUGUGUCGCUACCUGAAGACCCCGGAGUACCAGGGAGUCAGCCGGAUCCUGAGGCACUGGGCCUGCAGCAAGGUGCAGCAGAAGGGGGAGAGUGACGAGGUCAUGGUGCGCUGUAUCAGCGGGCGUCUGGCCGACUCCCCGGGGAUCUCCUACUCCCACAUCGCCUCCAAGGCCUACGACAGCGGCCGCACCGAGCUCGCCAUCAAGCUGUUGGACUAUGAGGCUCGUUCAGGGGAACAGGUUCCUCUGCUGCUGAAGAUGAGGAGGAGUCAGCUGGCUCUGAGCAAAGCCAUCGAGAGCGGAGACACUGACCUGGUGUACACGGUGGUGAGCUACGUGAAGAACGAGAUGAACCGAGGAGAUUUCUUCAUGACCCUCAGGAACCAACCGGUGGCCCUCAGUCUGUACAGACAGUUCUGUAAGCUUCAGGAGCAGGAGACGCUGAAGGACCUCUACAACCAAGACGACGACCACCAGGAGCUAGCUAACUACUACGUUAGCGCUAGCUACAGGGAGAAGCGGCUGGAGGCCCGUCUGUCCGUCCUGCAGAGCGCUGUGGACGAGUACAACAAGGCCAAGAACGAGUUCUCCUCCAAGGCGACCGAGGAGGAAAUGCGUCUUCUCCGUUUCCAGAGGAAACUCGACGAUGAAAAGGGGGCGGGACUACUGGGCUUAUCUCUACAGGCGACCAUGGAGGCCCUGCUGGCGUCUGGACUCCAGAAACAGGCGGACCACCUCUACCGGGACUUCAGAGUGUCGGACAAGAGGUACUGGUGGCUGAAGCUGAAGUCAUUGGCUGAGAAGGAGGAGUGGGAGGAGCUAGAGAAGUUUUCCAAGAGCAAGAAGUCUCCGGUUGGCUACCUGCCCUUUGUGGAGGUGUGUAUGAAGAAGAGUAAUAAGUACGAAGCCAAGAAGUACGUUACCAAGGUAACGCCGGAGCAGAGGGUCCGCGCACACCUGACCAUAGAGGACGUUGAAGGGGCAGCUGAUGCGGCCAUAGAGAGGAGGAGCGAGGCGGAGAUCGGGACGGUGAUCUCCCACUGCUCCUCCUCCUCCUCCUCCUCCUCACAGCGCCUCCUGCUGGACAAACUGCAGCGCGCCCUGACCACCGCCAACAGGAAGUGACCACCGCCAACAGGAAGUGACCUCAGAGGCUGGAGACUUUGGUUAACGAUGAGGGUCUGUGUUUGUGUGCACUAAUUAAUAAACAAAUAAAGCCUUAC